AUGUGUAGUGUAGCGUAUAUAAUAUAUUCUUCAACGGACUCGUUGGUUGGCACCGGCCGCCUCUUUGUCUCGCUUCACGACAAGUCCCAGUUUCAUUUUUAAUUAUUGUUUUCACAUCCAUUUUCACUAAGCUAUAUAUAUCGGUAGUUUUCUGGAAAUUUGAGCUAUUGAUUUUUGCGUUGAAUAUGGAUUUUGAAAUGGAGAAAAAUUCCCACGAUGGGGUUGUCGUUAACGGCGGAAACGACGGCGUUUUGGGCCUACAUGCCAAGAGGAAGAAGCUCAUUAUCGAUACCGAUCCAGGGAUUGUGAGAAUUCAAUUUGGAGGACUGUUGUGAUAUCUGUGGAGGAAAGUUUCGGUUUUUGAUAGAGAUUUUCAAGAGAGCAUUCAUACAAAGCUAUACAAGGAAGUGAAAUUGACAUCGGAAAGUUUGGAUGAUAGCAUGGCAAUCUUAAUGGCAUUCCAAAAUCCGGAGGUGGAUAUCUUAGGUUUGACGACUGUAUUUGGAAAUGUUAGGACGGAAGAUGCCACUCGUAAUGCCUUACUUCUGUGUGAGAUCGCAGGGUGUCCAAGUGUUCCUGUAGUUGAAGGCAGCCACGAACCUCUUAAGGGUGGGAGGCCACGUGUUGCUGACUUUGUUCAUGGCUCUGAUGGAAUGGGGAAUAUAUUUCUACGUCCGCCAAAAACAGAGAAAUCUGAUAAGAGUGCCUCUGAAUUUUUAGUUGAAAAGGUCUCUCAGUACCCUGGUGAAGUAUCCAUACUUGCACUUGGACCACUGACAAAUGUGGCAUUGGCAAUCAAAAGAGACUCUUCCUUUCCUAGCAAGGUGAAAAAAAUAGUUGUACUUGGUGGCUCAUUCUUUGCAUUAGGAAAUGUUAAUCCUGCAGCUGAAGCAAAUAUUUAUGGAGAUCCUGAAGCAGCUGAUGUUGUGUUUACUUCGGGAGCAAAUAUCGUUGUUGUUGGGAUAAACAUUACGACUCAAGUCCAAAUGACAGAUGAUGACCUCCUCAAAUUGAAGCAAUCAAAUGGGAAGCAUGCUCAGCUGCUAAGUGACAUGUGCAAAUUCUACAGAGAUUGGCACGUGAGGUCCGAUGGUGUAUCCGGGAUAUUCCUCCAUGAUCCUGUCAGUUUCGUGGCACUAGUUCGGCCAGAUCUCUUCACAUACAAGAAGGGGGUUGUGAGGGUUGAGACGCAGGGCAUAUGCGUGGGGCAUACAUUGUUGGAUCAAGGAUUAAAAAAAUGGAAUGGAAGCAACCCAUGGACAAGCUAUUCCCCAGUUUCCGUUGCGUGGACGGUGGAUGUGGAUGAAGUCCUUAAUUAUGUUAAAAGAAUGUUGAUGAAACCGUAAAGGCUUGGGAAUACCACUUUGACAUUUUAGAAGAUUUCCCGGAGAUGGGAAUUUGCCUUUGAUUUCUUCUAAAAGGCCCUUUGUGAUUUACUCUUGUUCGCGUUUACCCAGAUUUGGGGUUCAAAAAGCUCAUAAUUGUUGCUAGAUCUUCAUCUCUCCUUUCACUGAAAAACCUUCACCUUGAUGAUCCUCAACUAGUCAGAAAAAUACUGAAAUAUGGUGCUUUGAUCCAAAAUAUUUUAUGUUAAUGUCGGGGUUUCAGCUAA